UCAGCCCAGUCCUCCGCCCCCUCUAGGGAGCUCUGGGAGGAAGCCCCACUAGUAGCCGACUGUUCCUCCAGAGCAGUCGAGAGCUGGGCUCAGCGGCGUACUCGACUCGGACCCAGACCCUCGUCUGGCCAUGGAGGCCUGGCUUCUGUUCCUCCUGAUGCUGUCGCCGCUGCUCCCCGGAGGGGAGGGCUGGCGCCUUCCACUGGGCUCAGACCCCGCGCUGGAGGCCCCGGCUCAGUUUGCGAUGGAGAUUUACAACCGAGGCCGAGAUCCUGGGGCAGCCGCAGUACCGCAGAGCGUCCGGGGGCGGAGCCUGAAGAUGGCCCAUGGGAUGCUGUACUCCCUAGAAGUGACAUUGCAAGAGCCACCUUGCGGCCCCCCCACAGCCUGCAAGGACUCCCAGUCUUCAGGGACCCUGCUUUGUCGCUUUGAAGUCCUGGACCAGAGAUGGGCCAAGGAGACGCUGCUGAAGCAGGACUGUGGCCAGCCUGGGGCCCCGAGUCUUCCUGGGAGUUCCAGCCAUCAGCCUCCCAUCACCCCAUCACAGGGUGACUCAGUGCAGCUGAUCACACUCUUCAAGGAUUUCCUCACCACCUACAACAAGAGCUAUGCCAAUGCCACAGAGACGCAGCGGCGCCUGGGCAUCUUUGCCCGGAACCUGGAGCUGGCCCAGAAGAUGCAAGAGCUGGACCAGGGCUCUGCUGAGUACGGGGUCACCAAGUUUAGUGACCUCACAGAGGAGGAGUUCCGGACUUUCUAUCUGAACCCCCUGUUGAGCAGCCUUCCAGGCCCCGCUCUGAGACCAGCUCCGCCCCCCAAAGGCCCGGCCCCUGCUGCCUGGGACUGGAGAGAUCAUGGGGCUGUCACCGAAGUCAAGAACCAGGGCACGUGUGGGUCCUGCUGGGCCUUCUCUGUCACAGGAAACGUGGAAGGGCAGUGGUUUCUCCGCCGCGGGACCCUGCUGGCCCUCUCUGAGCAGGAACUGGUGGACUGUGAUACCCUGGACCAGGCCUGUGGUGGAGGCCUUCCCUCCAAUGCCUACAUGGCUAUUGAGAGACUGGGUGGGCUGGAGACAGAGAAGGAUUACAGUUACGAGGGCCGGAAGGAGCGGUGCAGCUUUUCUCCUGACAAGGCCAGGGUCUACAUCAACAGCUCCGUGGAUCUGAGCCGCGAUGAAGCAGAGCUCGCAGCCUGGUUGGCCGAGAACGGCCCCAUCUCCAUCGCUCUCAAUGCCUUCGCCAUGCAGUUCUACCGCCGUGGGGUCUCUCACCCCUUUCGGCCCCUCUGCAGCUCCUGGUUCAUUGACCAUGCUGUGUUGCUUGUGGGCUACGGCAACCGUUCCGGCAUCCCCUUCUGGGCCAUCAAGAACAGCUGGGGCCCUGAGUGGGGUGAGCAGGGUUAUUAUUACUUAUAUCGAGGGGCCCGGGCCUGUGGGGUGAACGCCAUGGCCAGCUCUGCCGUUGUGGACUAGAGAGCCUGCUCCCGGCCAGAAUGGGUAACAGCAGCGCCCCCUCUGGGCAGGGCAGGGGCUCAGCAGCUGCCCAGCUUGGCUUGUGACCUCAGAUCCCCUAGACUAGCCUAGGCUAGUGUGGUUCAUCCCUGUUGGUGUAGGUGCCCUCAGCCCUGACAGGGCUGCCCCCACCCCCAUGCCCAGGGCUGUCUGGGGGCAAGGUAGCUUGGUGUGGGGGAGGGAGACCAGGGGUUGAGGGCCCAGCACCAGCCAAGAGCAGCUGGGGGCCCAGAUGGAGCAGGAGGGACAGGAGGUCAGAGGGCAAUAGAAGAGCCCAGAGGAACAGGGGUCCCCUCAAGUGAGGCAGGACCCGGGGAUCUGCUUAAGGAGUUCAGGGGUUGCUGCGUGACUCAGACUUGAAGCCCAGUCCUGUCAUAUUCCCUGCUACUGCCGAUAAGACCCUCCUCUGAACCUCAGUUUCCCUCUCUGUAUGAUGGUGUGAAUUCUCCUUUCUCCCCUGGCUGAGACGAAAACCGUGUCUGUUAUACCUGAAGGCUCAUGCCUGACCACCCUCUAGCACCAAUAAAGAUAGGCCCCCCCA